AUGGACGCCUUCUGCGGAAGCUGGAAGUUAACCGACAGUGAGGGAUUCGACGAAAUCGCCCAGCGACUGGGUUUCAAUCUGGCUCAGAGGACGGCGGCCAAGACCCUCAAGCCGACAAUGAUAAUCGCGCCUGCGGGUGACGGAUACAGUCUGAAGAUGAGCAGCACGUUCAAGACGCACGAGUUUGUCUUCAAGUUGAAUGAAGAGUUUGACUUGACCACGAUGGAUGGCCGACAUGUAAAGGUAAGACUAAUUCCAUGCAGUGAAAUAGGAGCUCUCUAAAGACUUAAUUUCAGCAUUUGCGCGUGUGAGACUGCGACUUUAUGUGUCAUGAUGCACCAUCGAUGGAGGUGAUAGGCAUAUGAUAUCGGAUGUUUUUUAUUGAUGUGUUGAUCGACUGCAAUGGAGUUUUGAAUGAUGUACAAAAAAGUGGCGGUCGUAGAGAAACAUUGUGAGUCUGGUUUGGUUGUUCCGAUCGUCCAGGUUACUGUCGAGUUAGGUUGACUAUUUUUGUGAAAGGGUGCUUUCAUGUCCUUGUCGAAGGCAAUUUUACCUUAAGUUAAUGGAACUGCGAUGUUUUUUCCCACUUCAAAAUGCUUAACAAAGGCUUUCGGCAUCACGAUUAUGUGCUGUUUUUGAAAAGUCAAUGACACAGAUAAUAAAUAUGGAUUUUAUUAGUUAUCUGGAUUGGGACCUUAUUGUAAGACUAUCAUCGUCGCAUAACUCUCUUUAAAAUCAGUUUUUACAGGUGCAAACGGCAUAAAUUUUAUGAAGCUACUUUUCAAGCCCAUGCCUAAAUGUAUCCAUUAUAAAAGUAAAUUAGACUUUCUUUAAACAAUGCAUGCUAACACGCUUUGAAUAAAGUCGCGUGUCUGUUUUUGCUAAUAAAGUACGGCAUCUAUCUACCUAGUUGUUUGCUACUAAUUACCGGAUGACCUCUACGAUUCAAACUAGGAUACCUAUUGAUUCGACUAAGGUGAAAUUGACAAUAUUUCGCCAAAGUCCAAGAAAUUCAGUAAGUUGCAAACCUACUAACGAUUUAUUAGAGAAGGUUUUAAAGUUAGACAAACGAAUGCUCUACUUGUAGUUCAUACUAUUGGUGGCGCGGAAGACCAUGGUGCAGUUCGACAUCGUAAAAAAGAUUGCCUAUAUGGAAACUGAACUCGGUGCAUUGUGGUUGGCCAUAUAAAGGGAGGAGGCUAGUUGGGCAUCCGCAUCUAGUGUAUGUCUAGAACUGCGACAGGCUGUAAAGAACACCGCUGUUAUGCUGGUUUGCAGGUGGCAACUGUAAUCUCACCCCAUCAUCAUAAUUGCUAUCAAGCAUGCAACAGCAUAAAAUAAUUUUUCUCUAAAAAGCCACGGCUCAUUCAACUGUGAAUAUUGUAGAAUUUACAAGUGGUAUGUCAGCUUGAUUUCACUAUAAUUCAAACCCACGUAGAGCAUAGGCUUCCGAUUUUUUAAUCAUUCCUGAAACGUUUUUACUGUAACCCCAUUUUUGACAUUCGGUGGUCUCCGUCUGCAUAAAGUAGGCCAUGCAUAAGUCGAGAUUAUGAAAUGUACCAGGUUAGCAGCCAUACAUCAAUUAAAAACAAAUUACUUUAGAAUAAUAUGGUAAAAUCCUUCUCUUUUAGUCCAUAAUAACGUUGGAAGGAAACACUUUGAAACAGGUCGACACCGGAGAUAAAAUAACCUACGUUGACCGCGAGCUCGAGGGUGAUUCUAUGAAAGUGGUAAGUAUAUGCUUUUGUCUCCAAAUGGUACGGAUUCUGCCUAUAAGCAUAUCGAAGUUAACUUAGAUGAAAGUAGUAGUAGUAGUUGCCAUAAUCUUCGUAAUUGGGCGUUCAUUUACGUGAAUAUGUGGGCAUUUAGUCAAGCUUAGUGGAAUGUCCAAAGGAUUGACUAUGUUUAAUGAACUUCCAGACUAAUUUCCGUCCGAACACAAUGCCAGUGCGAAAUAAUCCAACCCUUGGCGUCUAGCAUCUGAGUUUAUGCAAUGGCUGACACUACGGGUGUCACAAUAUUGGGCUCUUAAAUUACUUUCUGUAGAUAAUAUUCCAAGCGUUGCAAGCGCCCGUUCGUCCUUUCCGUUCUGAAGAGGAUCGCCUUAUGUCUGCAUUUACUGCACGGUCAGGGGUUGCUGUGACAAAACCUACAGGGAGAGCUAGGCAAGAGCGUUCAUUUACACAGCAAACCUGCCCCUGAGAGCGCAAUACCUUUCGUAAAUCGGCCAGUGUGGCGAGAUGGCUCUAUCCAUUUUCUGUCGACGGUCCAUCUCCUGAUUUCUAUUUCAGAACUGUAUUCUGUUAAUAGUUUCACUGUUAUUGAGCGUUUAGCGUUCAAAGAACGAGUUCUGCUCAGGAUUGAACCUGCAAAUGUUAGCAACAUGGGCGCUCAUUCCCUUUCUGUGGUCAGUGUUUUUCAUUAGGCUGAUGGUAAGGGACGCUCACCGAUGGUUCUAGACACGUGAUUUCUGACGAACGAACUACGAGAUCGAGCCCCAGGUCUUACACAUUUUAGUGUUAGGCACGACUGGCUGACGACGGCUGAUAGGCCAGAAAUGGCCAUUUCAGUCGCCAUAGUCUUUGUCAGUAAUACAAUUUUGUCUAAAUCUGUGGGAUCUUGAUACUGGUCUGCCGACUACUGAGUGUGCGCAAUUUUGUUUGUUAGUUUUCACUGCCUACCUAUGUUUUAUUUUACGUAAAAUGCUAAAAUUUUAAUUGCAUCAGUUAACAUUGCUACUCUGUAAGCAUAAUUAAAUAUAUCACUAUUUUGGUUUAACCUCAUUGGCAGACUGACGACACUCGUACAUUUUGUCUAAUGCAUUUGCUAUUCAGACAAUGUUCCAAUGCUGACGUUCAUAUAAAAGACGUUAAUGCAGCUUCUGGGCUUUAAAUCCCAAAUUAUUUAUUUUCAAAUAAAAUCAACUACGUCAGAUAAGAUUUAAACCCGCCAAAACAAGACAAGACAUUUACUCGUGUCAUUGGCAUGCCUUCACGAGUUAUUUGAAUACUAAGAUUUCCGAAUUAUACACGUUAAGAGGUGAUUAUUUGUGUCCUAGGUCACCGCAAGUUCGAUUAAAUGAGGUAACUGUCAUUAUCCCUGCUCUAAGGCAAAUGACCAUAAUAAUAAACCGUACUAUCUCAACCGGUCAUACGCCAAGUUCGGCAGUUGUAUCGGCUUUUUCUGUUAAUAUAAUCGUGGACACGAUACUUGAAAAAAUAGUAUUCCAGAAGACCGAUGUACAACGGAGGCAACGGUACCGUUCUAGGAAAAAUAGGAUUAGGUGCUGUGGUGAGUUUUUGAUUCGCCUGCUUUUUGGGGUUUUCGAACAACAAGAUUGUCAGCUACCGCAGCAGAUAAGUAUUUUUCAUGACAGUUUAUUCCUAUUUAGAUUUUGACGUUUUUGUUUAUUAUAGUUUUGUCUGAAUUUUAGACCACACGUGUGGACGAACUCGUUUCAGUUCGACAUUACGCCAGGGCGUGA